AUGGUUCGUUUAACACCAAUAUUACGAUGGAGUGAUUAUUUUAAUUUACCAAAACGAUAUAUUGAACGAGCCAAAUUCAAGGGAACAGUUAUUGAGGGUAAUAUGAAUAUUGUACCACAUAAAACAAUAAAGUAUAACAAUCCAUGGGUAUAUACCAAUGAUCCACCUUGGACUGAUCUUGCACAACGUAAAAAUGAUCCACGACAAGGAUAUCAACGGCCACAACUUAUUGAACCAUUAAAAACUUGGGAUUUUUUUCGUGGAGAUACUGUUGAAAUUAUGAUUGGUAAAGAUAAAGGCAAACAAGGAAAUAUUGCUGCUUAUAUUCGUGAACUAAAUGCAAUUUUUGUAUCCGGACUGAAUUUAGAAAUACAACGAAUAAGUGGUGGUGUUAUUGCUGCUACUUCAAUUGCUGUUAAAGAAAAACCACUGAUAGCUCCACAUCAAGUAAAAUUAAUUGAUCCAUAUGAUGGAAAACCAUGUACUAUUGAAUGGCGUUAUACAGCUGAAGGUGAACUCGUACGUGUAUCAACUCGAUCUGGUCGAAUUAUUCCGAAACCCCCUACCUGGGAAGAAACUUAUGAUUAUGCAAAAAAAUCUACUUAUAAACCCGGUUCUGAUGAUACUGUCGAUGCUGAACUUAAACGUGUUACAUUUGAACCUAAAUUAAUGACAGUUGCUGAAGAAUUAAUGAAAGUUAAUGGCAUUAUUAUAAUGCUUAAUUUAUUUGUAUUAAAAACUUCAUUAUUAACAAAUACAACAAAAAAUGUUCUCAAUAGUAUAUUACCAAUGCAACCUGUACGAACAGCUUUUCUCUAUGAAUCAAAACAUCGAGUUAAUAUUAUGAAACGUAUGGCUGUUCAUGGUAUUCAUAAUAAUUUAGGACGUAAAAAAGGUCAAGUUUAUUUAUGGGAAAAAUUAAUUCGUGGUGAAGAAGUUGUUGUUGAAGCACCAUUCUUUCCGUUUACAGCAGCAGCUAAAGCUGCAAAAAAACCUUAUUGUGAAGUACAAGACAAAUACAAGCCACUUAAACCAGUACGAAUACCACGACCAGAUCCAUGGCUUGAUCGAAAAACUUUCAAACAUACCAAAAAAUUUUAA